GACACGCCGAGCACGCUGGCAGCAGCCAUGGCGGACGGCCCAGUGGCGGAGGUGCUGCUCCGGCAGCUAGAGGCGGCCGAUGGCGGCCUGGACAGCGCGGAGCUGGCAGCUAAGCUGGGCGUGGACCACCAGGUCGUGGUGGGCGCCGUGAAGAGCUUGCAAGCGCUGGGCGAGGUCAUUGAGGCUGAGCUGCGCUCCACCAAGCGCUGGGAGCUUACUGCCGAGGGCGAGGAGAUCGCCCAGGAGGGCAGCCAUGAGGCCCGGGUGUUUCACAGCAUCCCCCAGGAGGGCCUGGCCCAGAGUGAGCUCAUGCGGCUGCCCAGCGGCAAGGUGGGCUUCAGCAAGGCCAUGUCCAACAAAUGGAUCCGCGUGGACAAGAGUGCAGCAGACGGGCCCCGGGUGUUCCGAGUGGUGGACACUGUGGACGACGAGGUGCAGCGGCGGCUCCAGCUGGUCCAGGGCGGGCAGGCUGAGAAGCUGGGUGAGAAGGAGAGGAGUGAGCUCAAGAAGAGGAAGCUGCUGACUGAAGUGACCCUGAAGACCUAUUGGGUGAGCAAAGGCAAUGCCUUCAGCACCAGCAUCUCCAAGCAGGAGACAGAGCUGAGCCCAGAGAUGAUCUCCAGUGGCUCCUGGCGGGACCGGCCCUUCAAGCCAUACAACUUCUUGGCCCAUGGUGUCCUCCCCGACGGCGGCCACUUGCAUCCUUUGCUCAAGGUCCGCACGCAGUUCCGACAGAUCUUCCUGGAGAUGGGGUUCACAGAGAUGCCGACUGACAACUUCAUUGAGAGCUCUUUCUGGAACUUUGAUGCACUUUUCCAGCCCCAGCAGCACCCGGCGCGUGACCAGCAUGACACCUUCUUCCUCCGAGAUCCAGCUGAGGCCCUGCAGCUCCCAAUGGACUACGUCCAUCGGGUGAAGCGGACCCACUCUCACGGUGGCUACGGCUCACAGGGGUACAAAUACACGUGGAAACUGGAGGAGGCCCGGAAAAACCUGCUGCGCACACACACCACGUCGGCCAGCGCCCGUGCCCUCUACCGCUUGGCCCAGAAGAAGCCCUUUGCGCCAGCCAAGUACUUCUCCAUCGAUCGUGUGUUCCGAAAUGAAACCCUAGACGCCACACACCUAGCCGAGUUCCACCAGAUUGAGGGCGUGGUGGCUGACCAUGGCCUCACCCUAGGCCACCUCAUGGGCGUCCUGCGGGAGUUCUUCACCAAGCUGGGUAUCACCCAACUGCGCUUCAAGCCGGCCUACAACCCCUACACAGAGCCCAGCAUGGAGGUGUUCAGCUACCAUCAAGGCCUGAAGAAGUGGGUGGAGGUCGGGAAUUCUGGGCUCUUCCGCCCUGAGAUGCUGCUGCCCAUGGGGCUCCCCGAAAAUGUGUCAGUCAUUGCUUGGGGCCUCUCCCUGGAGCGCCCAACAAUGAUCAAAUACGGCAUCAACAACAUCCGGGAGCUGGUGGGCCACAAGGUGAACCUGCAGAUGGUGUAUGAUAGUCCCCUGUGCCGCCUGGAUGCUGAACCGGGGCCCCCACGGACACAGGGCGCUGCAUGACAUGGGCCACCCUGGAUAGCCUUCCUUUCCCUGAGCCACAGCUGUCCAGCCCCGUAGCAUCCUUGCCAGAGACCUCCUUGUAUUUAUAAGGCCUCUGUGAGGCCAUCCACCCCCACUCCCACCCCUGGUAUCUCCUCUUCGGCACCUGCCGCAAGGGAGCAGGUAGCAGGUUCGACCUACAAAGGUGGGCCCUAGGGAGCCCUGCAGGCCAUCCACUGGCUAAUAAACUGGGCAGUUGUCCUCAUAUGAUGCCUUUCCUUAGGGAUGGAGGAGUGCCAGACGCCUGGGUGUGAGGAGCGGUGGGUUGGGGGCCCUGGAUCCUCAGGAGCUCCUGGCUUGCCUGGGCUAGAUCCCGUUGGGAAAGACAAGCUCCGUCAAGCAUUUACCGAUCACCUGGUAGUGCCAGGCUCUACCCUAGAUGAACAGAAGUCCUUCCACCCCUGGGGAAGGGGCAUAUGAGAGGGGAAGGCCAAGGCAGGUGCCAUAAUUCCCCCUGGCAGCCAGGCAUGAUGAGGUGACGGGUGGAGGCAGCUUUAAAAAAACAUUCUAUUUUAUCCCCGAAAGCAUUUCUUUAAGGUCGCCUCCUCUCCCCCCGCCUUUUUAAAAAAAGAGCAGUUUCUGGUUCACAGCAAAAUUGAGUGGAAAGUAUAGAAAUUUCUCAUCUACUCUCUGCCCCCACACGUGCACAGACUCCCCACCAUCAACAUCCCCACCAGAGCUGUGCCUUUCAUAACGAUGAAUGAACUCCAGAGACUUCCUGACCGCCCCCACUUAAUGGUUCGUGCACUUCACGCUCUGUGUUGUACAUUCUCUGGGUGUGGACAGGUGUGAUGCUGCAUGUCCAUUGUUAGGGGAACACAGUAUUUUCAGUGCCCUGAAAGUCCUUUGUGUUCCACCCAUUUAUCCCUCUGUCCUCCCCCUAAAAAGCUACUCUUUUUUAAAAACCUGGUCUCCUAAGAAUUUCAUAGGAGCUCCUUAGGAGGAAGAUGAGUAGGAUAGGGCUUCCUGAAUCUACACUGAGCCGUAAGUGGGUUCUCUGUUUCUGUGGAAGUAUUUUAAAACAAAUCUCAAAGUCUCCAGGUUCCUCACCCCCCCGUUUGCAGGGUCGGCAUGCUUUUGGAAAUGGGAACGGUACUUCUGGAAUCUUGGGGCCGCCAUUACAGCCGGCACAGUUGGCAGCUGAGGCUGUGGACUUACCUGGUUCUUGGGUGUGUGUACAUACCAAUCUCACAGGGGCUACUCGGUCGAUUUUUUUUCUUUAUUUCAAAUUAAAUAAUUCAGUCAUACAGGAAUAUACUCAUUCCUGCAACAAAUGUGCACCUUCUGACUGCCAGCCGUGUCUUGAGCUGAGGACUCAGCAAAGGGGAGAGCUCACUCUUGUCCCUGCCCUGGGGAGCUGAGCUGGAGGAAAGGGUACCCUGGAGAUAUAAACAGAUAAAUACGAAACUGGAGGGAGGGGUAAAACCACAGAAAAGUGAAGGUGGGUGGGCAAGGUAAAGUGUACAGAACAUAAACCAUAAAGCCUAAUACAGCAAGCACUUAGGAGUCUGCCCCCCAGUUGGAUCAAAUCUAACCAUGGACUACAUUUGUUUUGGGUCUUCCGCAUCUUAGAUCUGUGACUAAUGGUUCAAAGACCCCUGUGGGCUUGUCCUAGUUCCUUUUGCCAGCACCUCACUGAGAUUGCUCCCUCCUGAAUUUGGCGUUUCUCCUCAUGUGUUUUUAAAACUUUUGCUACUAUAUAUGUUACUUAAACAAGACAGGUUUGAUUUUGCUUAUUUUCAGAAGUGACACAGACGCUGCACCAUAAAGAAAUCGUCCUGCUUA